AUGUUGAGCCUGGGCGCGUUGUCACACAACUGUGAAGAGCAAAAGCAACCGGUGAUGAAGCAGCGAAAGCGCGUCUGGAACCGGCUGGAAAACCUGAUCUCUUCGCUUCCAUAUCGAAUUUUUCAGGGCUCUCAGCAUCUUGACCUCAAGCAGGCCAGUGAAGGUGACGAUCGCUGGGUGGCGCUCUUCAGGAUGUUGCCUGCGCCCAGUCUUGAUGAGAUCUCAUGCCAUGGUGCUCCGAAGCUAGAUGAACUUCAAAGAGGUGUUGCAGAUUUGGAGAGGCGACUGGCGAGGCAAAGAAAGCGUGAGCAAAUUCUGCAGGUGCUGGACCUAGCAGAAACGGCUGCGAUGACCAAUCAAACACGCACUCACUAUCAGUAUGUUCGAAUGAUUGCCCCCAAAAGCCUUGCUGGAAAGAUGAAUCUACGGGAUCCUGAAGGUAAUCUACUUGAUCCGGAGCAGGAAUGCCAGCAGCUGCGUGACUAUGCCAAAGGUCUCUUUACAGGACCUAUCUGUGAGCCUCCUGAUCUUGAGCCUCUUCCAAUGGAAUGGUUUACGUCGGACAACUGGAUGUGGGCCCUGAGCAAACUCGGCAACCACAAAGCUGUUCCUCAAGAGGCGGCAUCAAUUGCAGCAUGGAGGCAAUGUGGUGCUCAGGUGGUUCAGAUUGCCUGGCUUCCCAAGCCCAAUAAGAGCCCAACCGCUCCUGCCAACCUCCGCACGAUUGGCCUUAUGGCGUGGCAUCAACCGCUGACCCUUUGCUUCGAGCCAGUUCAGGCGGCACAGCUCACGCUGUCUUCAACCAGCUCAAGGCACUUGCGGAAAGUUCUUCGCAUCUACGAGAGGGGCGUCUCCAAUCAAUCCGUUCUCCAACAGGAGGGCAUUGAUCUCUGGGAUGAUCUUGGUCGGCGUUUUAAAGCACAACAGACCGCCAUACAACUGGACUCAGGCCGCUCCACACAACUGCGGCUACGUGAAGGCAAUCGGGCCGAGCACCUACUUCAGCAAUUUCGCAGAGUGGUGGAAGUGGGUCAGUCGCGAAUUGGUUCAUCGCUCCAAAAGAACAUACCGGAUGCUGUAUCGCACCCGUGCCCUGCAUGUGGAGUGUACUUUGGCACCAAGUCUGGCUUGGAGCAGCACAUCCACAAGAAGCAUCUCGAGCUAGAAAAGCAGGCUCAGAUUGUGUUUGAUCGUGCUCAGCACUGCCUCUAUGGAACCCCAACAUGUCGAUUCUGUCGGCAGAGGCUCACAGACUGGCAGUCUAUGCGAAAGCAUCUCACUCAAGGCAUGUGCCCUGCUCUGAAGACUGCUUUUGCUAGUGGGCAAACUCUAGAGCAGAUCCUGGUCGAGGUCAUUGCAGAGGAAGCGAAAGACCCUCCUCCUCCACCUGCAGCUGAGUGGAAACAGGAGACACCUCUCAUCCAGAGCCAGCACGAAGUACUUACUGUUCCGAAUUAUCAACUUGCGGCCCACGCAAAGUUCAUUAAGUCCUGCACUGGCCAAUGUGUUCUAUGCCGGCAACGCGUUGCUGGACCGGGACACAUCAAAACGCACUGGCGCACAGGACAUCCCGCGGCAUGGAAGCGAACAUCGGCAGCUGCAGAGGACUACGCAUUUCAGCAGCCAGCCGCUUCAAAGCAGGACAAGUCCAACCCUCAGUGUCUAGCACGCAGCCCUCCAACGCAGCACCUGCUCUACCUGAUGGUCCUUGGCAAUGUCGUGUCAGGCAUUGUGAACCACUCCCUGAAAGACGCUAUCAACUUGGCCAAGAAGGCGGCCGACAAAGGCGACCUGGAGCUCCAGAUGUUCCAGAACUACUUUCCUGCGGGCAUUGAUCAGGCCUCUACGGCGGUGAGUGAAGGUCAGCAGCGUGGAAAAGGGCCGGCCAAGGAAAAGGAGAAGCAGUCCCAGAUCAGGGGGCUCAAAGAGGAAAAAAUCCGGCAGCUAAAGGAGAGCAUGUUCCAGCUGCAGCGCCUCACCUUGAGGCAUGAGGAUUACCUGGGAGGCUUUCGUCCGGAACCUCGUACGCUAUCUUCAUGCGAAUGGGAGUUAAUGCCUCCGUGGUACCGGCCAUCUUUCGAGCCCAGCAAGCAUGGCGUGAGCUGA